AUGGGUGACUUUGAAGAGGAAGGCAUAGAUGAGGAACUUAUGGAGUUUGCCAUUCGAGAGAGCUUUCGGGAUGCCUACAAGCUGCCAUGUUCAAUACACACAAACAGGAAGGAGCCAAACAGUGAUGACUUUAUGAAGAUAAUGGCAGCGAUUCACAAAGGUGAUGUGUAUGCGCUGCAGGAGCUGUCAGGUUGUGUGUCUGCCUUCAGACAGAGGGACAGCAAGGGCCGGCUGCCUCUGCACGCAGCAGCUGUGCAGCCACAGCGAGACAUCCUACGUGCGGUGCUGCAGGCAAUGUUGACGUCUACAGACCUGACCCUGGAGGAGCAGACAGACGAUGGGGACACGUCCCUGACUCUGGCAGCAGAGGCUGGCCUGGUGAAAAACGUAAUGAUGCUGCUGCAGCAUGGAGCUUCACCACACAACACCAACAGCAGGAAUGAGUCUCCUCUGCUGAUCGCAGUGAGACAGAGAUCAUACGACAUGGUUCUAUCCCUCAUCAUGGGUGGGGCCUUUGUGGAGCAGGUGUGCCUCACUAAGUGGACGGCCACACAUGAAGCGGCAAAGCAAUUGGGCUGUCCAGCUAUUCUGAUGCUGCUGCUUCGACACGGAGCCAAAGUAACUGCCAGAGACGGUCAUGGGGUGACUCCUCUGGGGAUCGCAGCUGCAUAUGGCAACACUGAAGCUUUGGAAAUACUCAUACAGCAUGGUGGUGACGUGAACGCCAAGGCCAGCAAUGGAGACACAGUCCUGUAUGAUGCAGCUGGAUCUGGAAACCUGGACAGUAUCGAGCUACUCCUGCAGCACGGAGCCAACCCGAAUGUAGCCAGCUAUGCCUGCCAGCUGCCCAUCCACAGGGCUGCAUAUGAGGGACACAUACUAGCCCUGAGGACUCUCAUCCCCAUCACCACAAAGAGAGCUAUCCGUCUCUCAGGCCAGAACCCCGUCCACUCAGCAGCUGACGGGGGACAGGUUGAGUGUCUGCAGCUGCUUAUCGAGAAAGGAUAUGAUGUCAAUGCCUUGCUAGACACACACAUCUCUGAGAACUACGGCGACCUCAGGAAGUCUCCUCUGUACUUUGCUGUUUCCAACGGUGAUGUGACCUGCGCUGAGAUGCUGCUUGCAGCUGGAGGGAGAACUGACCUAGACCCACUACGGUGCAUCCUGGUCGCUAUACGCGCUGAGAGAUAUGAGCUGGUGCAGCUGCUGCUCUCCUAUGGAGCGGAGGUGAAUUGUUACUUCAGAGUGAUCAGCAACACACUGUUCCCCACAACCCUGCAGUACAGCCUGAGGGACCAUGUCAUGCUGCGACUGCUGCUCAACAAUGGAUUUCAUGCUUACAAAUGUUUCCAGUGUUGUCAUGGUAAAGGUGAAGACAUGGAUGGUAUCUGGACUGAAGUCCAUAACCAAGCCUACCAGAUUUACAGUCAACCUAACGUCAUCUCGUUCUGUGACUUUGUGUCGGUAUCAUGGGUGACACAUCUGGUUGGCAGUGUUGUGAGGAUGCUCCUCGACUACGUCAGCCAUGUCAGCAUCUGUCCCAACCUCAGUCGCAUCCUAGAGAGGACGCCCGAGUGGGAGGAGAUUUCUGACAUACUGAGCAAACCACGGUCCCUGCAGCACUUGUGUCGACUGGUAAUCAGAGCUCACAUGAGCCUCAGGAUGCUGAAUGACCCUGAAGCCAUGGCUGCUGUCCCUUUUCCUCCAAGACUGAAGAAAUACCUGACCUACGGAGAGAACGACUUGUUUGGUGACCUCUCCUCUACGUGAAACACAUUUUAUUUAUACCUGUGUAAUUGAAACUAAUGAAGCUAAAAACACUAGUCAUUCUUUAAAAAAUUACCAGUGGGUCCUUUUGUAUUCCAUUUGUUAAGUUUUAUAUGUUAAAAGCUGGAGUGCCUUAGUAGAAUAUUCUUGAUAUACUGCUUAAAUUCUAGAAAACAAUAGUGAAUAGUUAAUAGAGCUGAAAAGUGAAUGUAUAGCAUAUGAACAGUGUUGGAGAGUAACUAGUUACAUGUAUGUGCGUUACGUAAUUUAAUCACAAAAUAAACUGUAAUCCAUUACAGUUACUGGAAAAAAUGUGCAAUGUAAUUACAGUAUUAUACAGUAAGUUUUAUAGUUACCUAUAAAACUUUCAAGAUUACAUUGGGGGUUACAUCUGAAUAUUUUCUGUAAAAAAGCUUGUCUAUAUGCUGAAUAAGGUGCACAGUGCCUUCCUUUGCCAUUUACAGCCUUUAGUAAAGUUUGAUGCUAUUCUGAUGCUUUUGAUCCCAGUUAAAUUGUCUCUUAAGCUGUUGGAGAGUUGCCACCAUGUCUACAGAUAAAAACAGGUUCCAGUGCUGGAAACAAAAUAAAAAACAGUUCAUACAGAAAUCAGAAAAGGGUUCGAACAUAAUGCAAUGCAAAAUAUGUUUAAAAUGCUUUCAACAUUGAAAAUAUCCAUAUGCCAAGAUCUGCAGGUACAUUAUAGCUUACAGUAACUGCAAGCAGUCAGAUUACAUAAAGUAGGGACAUGCAUAAGACAUGCCUACCUCUCGCGUGCCACACCAUGCUUCUAAUGUGUAUUAAAGACGUAUUUUUGCUCCAUA